ACCGGGGGGCUUUUUUGCAGGUGGUGGUUGUUUGGUUCGAGAUAGCCAUAGCAUUAUCUCAAUCUCUUUCUUUGCAGUCCGUGGCAGGCAGUGAGGAGAAAAAUAUGUCAAAGUUGAUACUUGCUUGCUGCAAGGUAUACAUAUCUGAAAGCCGGAACAGGGCUGCGUUGGAGACAAUUGAACGAGCAGCCAAGCUAUACCCGGAAGCUGCCAUUAUCAAUAAGUUUGAAGAUGAGACUUACAAUAGAGUUGGUUACACCCUUGCCUCCAAGUUGCAUCCAAAGCCAUCUUGCGAUCCAUGUCCCUUGAGAAGCGCUGUGCUUGCCAUGGUUAAGGCAGCAUUUGAGACAAUUGACCUUGAGUUGCAUUGUGGAAGUCAUCCUCGACUUGGGGUUGUGGAUCACAUAUGCUUUCACCCCCUGGCAUAUGCUUCGUUGGACCAGACGGCAGGGGUUGCAAAGUCUUUGGCUGCAGAUAUUGGCUCUAGGAUGCAAGUCCCCACUUUUCUAUAUGGCGCUGCCCAUGAGGAGGGGAGAACGCUUGAUUCAAUCAGAAGAGAGCUGGGUUAUUUCAAGCCGAACUCCAGUGGAACACAAUGGGCUGGGGGGCCAAGGUCAGAGUCCCUGUUGCUAAAGCCAGAUGGGGGUCCAGCUCACAUGAGUGGAGCACAAGGGGUAGUGGUAAUUGGAGCAACCCGGUGGGUUGAUAACUACAAUGUCCCUGUCUUCUCUGCCGACAUUACUGCUCUUCGAAGAAUUGCAAAACGGGUAAGUGAAAGAGGAGGUGGACUUCCUUCAGUACAAGCCAUGGCACUAGCACAUGGUGAAGUAGUCACUGAGAUAGCUUGCAAUUUGUUGGAACCAAGUAAAGUUGGAGGAGAUAGGGUUCAGCAAGAAGUCGAGAGGCUUGCUACGGAAGAGGGCAUGGUUGUGGGGAAGGGUUACUUCACUGAUCUAUCACAGGAAGAAAUAGUUGACGCUUUCUUAAAAUUGGGUCCUUGCGUGUAAGCGAAAAUGAAAUGAUAAAGAAGCUAUUUUUUGGUUUGAACUUAUAUUAAAGGGUUUAUAAUGAAAGGUGAUUUUUCUGUCUUCGAUUA